UCACAGCAGCUUGGGCUGACUAGUUCAGGGCCAUAAACCCAGACCCGGCUUCAUGGAGAGGAGAUGAACAAUACAGAUGAAACCUCCACACCCAUGUCAAAUCAGAAUCUUGACAUGGUGUGAGGGAGAUAUGGCCUCAGCAGUGAGGCCCCUGAGCAAGAGAUAGAGGAGCAAAGGCUGAGGGGCCAGAAGUGCCGACAGAAAGGGAGAGGGGCUGCACAGCCUGUGGGUGAACCCAAGGGGUGACUCACAGGUCUGGGCAUUGGCCUGGACCCAGCCCUCCACUGGACCCCUUCCCUAUCUCCUGGCCUCACCCUAGACCAACAGUCUUGCUAUGUUCUGGCCACCCCAAGCCAGAGGGUGGACUGUUUCCUAAGGUCACACCUGCAUUGGCUCUGUUCAGCUAUGCAUUCCCACUCUGAGCUAGGAUCCAGGGGGUGUUGGCCUGGCUGGGUUCUCCAUAUGGAGUCAGCCGGCCAGGCCUGAGGUCUGGGUUCUUGAGUCUACAGUCAGGGCCCCAUGUGGGGCUGGCUGGCCCAGCCAAGCUGGGAUUACUGGACAGAACAAUAGAGCUCAGAAGCCCCAGUGACCAUGCCCCACCAGGAGGCAGGAUCAGGUUCAGAGAUGAGCUGCCAAGGAUUCUCUGGAGCUUCCCAGCCUGACCGCAAGCCCCAGGUCUCCGUACAUGGUAUCCUCUCCCUGCCACUUCCCAAGUGCUGCUCAAAGAAUCUUUGUUUGAGGCUGAGCCCAGCACUGGGCAGAGCUGCCUUACCCAGUCCAGCCUCGGAGACAGGAUGAGGGGGGCUUCCCAGCUCCAGAUCCUGCGCCUGCUGGUAUUUGGAGCUACCGGGUCGUUGGCGUCCGCAGCCUGUGGGCAACCCCUCAUGUCCAGCCGGAUCGUGGGGGGCCGGGAUGCCCGUGAGGGAGAGUGGCCCUGGCAGGCGAGCAUCCAGCACCGGGGGACGCACGUAUGUGGGGGGUCGCUCAUCGCGUCCCAGUGGGUGCUGACUGCAGCACACUGCAUGGCCAGACAGGCACUUCCAUCUGAGUACCGCGUGUGCCUGGGGAUGCUGCGCCUGGGCCCUGUGUCACCCCCGGCACUCUCUGUGCCAGUGUGGAGGGUACUGCUGCCUCCAGACCACUCUAUGGAUGCCACCCGCGGUGACCUGGCGCUGCUGCAGCUACGCCACCCAGUACCAAUGAGUGCCCACAUCCAACCCAUCUGCCUGCCCAUGCCUGGUAGUCACCCACCACCCAGCUCACCCUGCUGGGUCACCGGUUGGGGCACCCUCCGCCCAGGAGUGCCACUUCCAGAGUGGCGCCCCCUGCAAGGAGUGAGGGUGCCACUGCUGAGCUCACGCACCUGUGACCGCCUGUACCAUGUGGGCACCAGCAUCCCUGAGGCGGAGCGCAUAGUGCUGCCAGGAAACCUCUGUGCUGGCUACCUCAGGGGCCAUAAGGAUGCCUGCCAGGGUGACUCCGGGGGACCCCUAAGCUGCUUGCAGUCUGGGCACUGGGUCUUGGUGGGUGUGGUGAGCUGGGGCAAGGGCUGUGCCCUGCCCAACCGUCCUGGUGUCUAUACCAGCGUGGCCAAGUAUAGCCCCUGGAUUCAGGCUCACCUCAGCCUCUAAUGAUGGGUGGUUUUGGUGCUGCUGACCUGGAGCCUCAGCCUUGGUCCAUCCAGGACCUGCACACGUUCUCCUCUCAGAGAUCCUAACGGGCCAUCCAUGUACUCUCCAUUCCCCUGCCUCUUCUCCUCCAGGGCACUUACUGAAUGUGAUUCCACAAGCCAGCAAUCCAGGGACCUUCUGUGUGUCCUGGGGGCUCACUCUCCUCCUUCCCCUCCUGUCUCAUCUUUACCCUCAGCUCUGGCCAGGGAUGAGGGCAGGACAGCAGAUAUAAGCAAACCAGCUGCCCCUGUCUGGCCUGUGUCCCCCUUGUUUUCUGGAGGAAGACAGACAUAUGCAAAGCAUAAGAGAGAUUCAACACCAAGCGUCUCCGUUGCUGGCUCUGAAGAUGGAGGAGCCAGGAACUGAGAACAUCCUACAGUGGCCUCUGGUCGACAUCCAGCAGGGCACAAGAAUCUGGGACCUCCAAAUGCCAGUUCUGUGAGCCCCGCCCUGAUGACCACUUGCUCUCAGCCUAGUGAGACCCUAAGCAAAGAACCCAGCUGAGCCACUGGACUCUGACCUACAAAGUCAUGAUUAAAUAAAUUGGUGUUCUGUUAA